GGCUGAGAGCAGGAGAAAACACCAUAAAAUGAAUUAGGGGCGGGCUUAUUGUGUUUGUGUUUUCUGUUUACUGAGAAAGUUGAGGAGAUUCUUUUUAGCUGCUAGCUUCUGAGAGAUAAACUUGCAGUAACGAUGGAGAAUACUCUUUUUGGGGACAUAUUUAAGGUCAUUCAAAUUGACCCAGAUGGGAAAAAGUUUGACAAAGUUUCGCGCAUUGAAGCCCAGAGUGAGCAGCUUGACAUGUACAUGCAGCUUGAUGUGAAUACUGAGAUAUAUCCUAUGCAUGCUGGGGAGAAAUUUGCAAUGUCAUUAGCCUCCACACUGGAUUUGGAUGGAACACCUGACACCGGCUAUUAUACUCAGGCUGGGCGGAAGUCACUUGCAGACAAAUUUGAGUAUGUGAUGCACGGGAAAUUAUAUAAGAUCUCAGAGGAAGGCUCAGGACCCAAUGUCAAAGGGGUGAUAUAUGUUUCAUUUGGGGGACUGCUGAUGAUGCUGAGCGGAGACCCUGCGAAUACUGCCAAGUUGGACCUUGAUCAGAGGGUGUUCCUUCUCAUAAGGAAGGUCUAGAUGCCUGUUACAAUUGAUGUGCUUUUGCCCAGAAGCAGAAGCUUACCUCCUGCAUGCUUUUACCCAUUUGCACAUAUCAUUAUCAGAAUGUCUGAAUUAUCAUUAGACUCUCGGACUGAGAGCCUUUGUCAUCAGAUGUAUGCAUCCACAGUACCAAAUCUUUAACUGUCUCGAUUACCAACAAAAGCCCGAAUAAGAGUGAUUUUGAAAAGGGUUAAAAAAAGGCUUCUAA